AUGGAGCCUGUCGUUCACGACAAGCGGAGGGGGUCCGACCGCUGCAGGUUCUACCCAACACAGACGGGGCCUCCUGAUGACAUCCUCUUGAAGAUCGAGCGCCAGCGAAAGAUCGAUGAGGCACUUCAGCAAGAGGCGCAAGCACCCCACCAAGAUGCCGAGGACCUCAAUGAGGAACAUGUCACCUCCUCAUCAGAAGACGACCACAACCGUGACGACCACGAUGGCGACGACCACGACCACGACGACCACGAUGACCACGACCACGACCACGACGGGCGCGACGACGGCCACGGGCGCGACAGCGACAAUGACCACCACCGCGACGACCGCAAGAGCGACGAUGAAGAUUCAGACCGCCGCCGCCGCCACCACCCCAAUACCCCGAAGAGGAAAAGAAAGGACAACCGUGGGAGAAGGAGAAAAGGCACAGGGCGGACGAGGUGUACAAUGGCGAGUAUCCACGUCGCCACCGUGAAGCUCGAACAAGGCAUGGUCGACCUGACGAGGAUCAGCGCGAUCGCCACGCGCUACACACACCAUCGGAUCAUGGAGAUGCAGCUGUGGGAAGCCUUUGAUUGGCAGGCCCUUCUGCGUACGAAGAUCCGACUAGAGCCAUAUCACGCGGGAUGGAUAUGGGUGCGUGCGCAGGCGGGAGAGUGCUUCGAAUUCGGCAUCUACGCGCGGAUGUGGGAGGAAAGUGCGGGCAGAUCAUCUCACUGGAAAGAUGUCAUACGGGUGAUGAUGCGAGACGCUACCGACGACGUUCCUUUGGUGAUCCAGUGGCACAAGGCCCGGGUGUUUGUCGACCACGCCGACGAGAAGACGCUCACCUCUUCGCUCAAGUCCACUCUCGACGACGAAGGCACGCUAACCCAACAUGCGAACCUGGACGGCUGGGGCAUUGCGUUGGACGCAUUAGAACUCGCGCGACGGAUCACCCGCCUCAUUGAGCUGAAGAAGGAGAGACAAGAUAAAGAGCAGGAAUCAGACAGCGACAGCGACUACGACCGUGGGGGGUGCGGCACACGCCUGGGGAUGUCCGCGUCCGAAUGGGUGAGGAUCGCGGAUGUGUCCUAG